AUGGCAAGCGCAGCUUUCAGAACCGCUCGCAUCGAGCUUCCCAAGACCGCCUUCUUCCUCUGCGACAUGCAAGAGAGGUUCAAGACCGCCAUCGCCAACUUUGACCUCAUCACCAACACCUCGGCUCGCAUGCUCAAGGCGGCCAAGAUCCUCGAUGUCCCUGUCUUUACCACAGAGCAGAACCCGAAAGCGCUCGGCGCUACCGUCGCACCCUUGAGCGACCUGCUCAAAGACCUCCCGGAAGUAUCGACGAAAGCUAUUCAUCCCAAGACCAGGUUCAGCAUGGACCUCCCCGACAUCACCGACAAGUGGCUCAAGAGCGCAGGCAACAUUCAGCACGUCGUCAUCUUUGGCAUCGAGUCGCAUGUCUGUGUGCUCCAGACCACCCUCGACCUGCUCGACAAAGGCAUUCAGGUACACGUAAUCAAGGACGGCGUAUCCAGCUGCAAUGUUGGCGAGAUCGACGUUGCUCUCGAGAGGCUGCGCGACUCUGGCGCAAAGAUCACCACCUCCGAGUCCAUUCUAUUCCAGUUGCUUGUCGAUGCGUCUCAUCCCAAGUUCAAGGCCAUCUCUGGGCUGAUCAAAGAGGAAAAGGAGCAGAUCAAGGAAGCUGUCAAUGCGCUUGGUCUCGCCAAGUAUUAG